AGAGAGAAAAAGAGGGGAUCUUAUUAGAAGAGGAAAAAGGGGGCAUUGACCUCUUGACCUUACAAACAUCAACCAGCAACUUGCAUCAUCAUGGACACAGACAUAGACAACGGCAUCAAUUACAAAAAAGGCUCCUCGCAGCAUCAAGACACAGAGUUAUUCUCAAGUGAAGAAGACAGCAGCCUCUACUUCACCUACAGUGGAGGGUGCAACGAGCUUGAGGUCAACAACCUGCACUAUGAGGUAGACACAGCAGCUCAGAUCCCCUGGUAUGAGAGGUUAUCAGAGUUCAAACUGCCGUGGGAGGUAAAAGGAAACAAGCAGACGGCCAUCAACAAGCUCAGCCUCCGAGUCCACAGCGGUCAGAUGCUGGCUGUCAUCGGCAGCUCAGGUUGUGGUAAAACAUCUUUGCUGGACAUAUUAACAUGUCGGGAUGAGGGCGGCACGACGACGUCCGGUCAGAUUCUGAUCAACGGGAAACCCAACACGCCGCAUCUGGUGAAGAAAAGCAUCGCCCAUGUCCGUCAAGACGACCGCCUCCUCCCUCACCUCACCGUCCGCGAGACUCUCGCCUUUGUUGCCAAACUGAGGCUCCCCACCCACUUCACACAGGCUCAGAGGGACCAGAGGGUGGAUGAUGUCAUCGCAGAGUUGCGGCUGCGACAGUGUGCACACACCAGGGUGGGAAACGACUAUGUGAGGGGUGUGUCUGGAGGAGAGAGGAGGAGAGUCAGUAUAGCUGUCCAACUUCUCUGGAACCCCGGUAUUUUGAUCCUGGAUGAGCCCACAUCAGGACUGGACAGCUUCACAGCCCACAACCUGGUGAUCACACUGUCCCGCCUGGCCCGGGGAAACCGUCUGGUCCUGCUGUCGGUCCACCAGCCUCGAUCUGACAUCUUCCAGCUCUUCGACCUCGUCGUCCUGCUGUCGUCGGGUUCAGCCGUUUACUGUGGCGCUGCUCGUGACAUGGUGCCUUACUUCACCGCUCUGGGAUACCCCUGCCCACGAUACUGCAACCCCUCUGACUUCUAUGUUGAUUUGAUCAGCAUAGACCGACGCAGUCCGGAGCAAGAGGCUGAGUGUUUGGAGCGGGCCAGAGUUCUGGCUGAGCACUUUAUGGAGAAGGUCAGAGACACAGACGAUCACAUGUGGAAACCAGCCGGGACCAACACAGCAACACAAACUGAAAGCCCUCAGCAGCCCAGCAAGGCAGGAGGAGAGGAAGUAAUCACAAUUUCCCAGCAAAAAAACAGACUGCCGGGCAGACUUCACCAAUUUACCAUCCUCAUCAGACGUCACAUGUACAAUGACUUCAGGGACCUGGUCACCUUAUUGGUCCACGGCUUCGAGGCCCUCCUCAUGUCACUGCUGGUCGGUUGUCUGUACUACGGGGCCGGAGAAGAGCGUCUGUCCAUCCAGGACACGGUGGCCCUCCUCUACAUGAUCGGAGCUCUCACCCCGUUUGCUGUGGUGCUGGACGUCAUAGCUAAAUGUCACACAGAGAGAGCCAUGCUCUACCACGAGCUGGAGGACGGCAUGUACUCUGUCACCUCCUACUUCUUCGCCAAGGUCCUCGGGGAGUUACCAGAGCACUGUGUGUUCACCUUGGUCUACGGUCUGCCCAUCUAUUGGCUGGCCGGGCUUAACGAGGCUCCGGACCGUUUCCUGCUCAACUUCCUACUGGUGUGGCUGAUGGUUUACUGCAGCCGAGCCAUGGCUCUGUUUGUAGCUGCUGCACUGCCUACCCUGCAGACUUCAGCCUUCAUGGGCAAUUCAUUGUUCACUGUCUUCUAUUUGACUGGAGGAUUUGUCAUCAGCCUUGAGAAUAUGUGGCUGGUGGCCUCGUGGCUCUCGCACGCCUCCUUCAUGCGUUGGGGUUUUGAGGGCAUGCUGCAGGUGCAGUUCAGAGGAAACAAAUACCCCGUCAGCAUUGGAAACUUCACCAUCAACGUUGACGGCAUUCACGUGGUGGAGGCCAUGAACAUGAACCAGUACCCUCUGUUCUCAUGCUAUCUGGUCCUGCUGGCAGUCUGUCUGGUUUUCAUGGGGCUCUAUUACGUGUCUUUAAAAUUUAUAAAACAGAAGUCUAGUCAAGACUGGUGAAAACAUCUGGACCGGUUUCAUCAAUGAGACAAACCCCAUCUGAAAUCACACAUGAGGAGAGUGUUUAAGAAGCCUUUUUUUCUUCAGCAUUGGAAUGAAGUAAUUUGGGUUGUAGUUCGACUGGUUCGACACUGAGCUUUGCAUCAUUGGUUUUACAUUGGUUCCUGUCAGGAUGUUUUAUAGUGAAAAAGUGCUUAAUUCAGGGGAAAAACGCAGGAUACUAAAAGUCUUGAUGUAUGGAUUAAUUCAUUCAGCAAUCCCUCUUUUAUUUGACUUAUCAAAACAAUCUCAAUAUGCACUCAGUGUUUACACUUCAAAUAUGGGAAUAAUUAGUUAAAAAGAGUUGUGAGCACUUUGUGUUGGGUGGAGCAGUACCACUGUCUGCUGCUGGAUGGCAGCAGAGCACUGCAGUAACACCAAUCUUAAAAUGACAGAUUUUUUUCCCUCUCUCCCUCUCUUCUCUGUCUUGGCAAAUGAUUAGAGUGCCACUUUGGCAGAUAUCCAUCUGCAGCUUUUGCUUGUUCCAUUUUCAAUCUUCUUUUUCCUACAGCUUUAUCUUUUUUGUAUAUGUAAGGUUAUUAAGCUUAACAAUGUGUGUGCCAGUAUAGGGAGCACUGAAAAAAAGCCCAGUAGAGAUUUAGUAAGUCACACUCAGAAGAAAAAGAGCUUGUACUUGUUGUGUCCUCAUAGAUUGAAGAUUAUGUAAGCUGUGUGUUUUUGCACUGGUGCAAAAGCCCGAUAAAUGUUUUAGUGAGAUGGUUUGCGUCCAAAUUAGUAAAGUGUUAAAUCGAAUUGCUCCACUGGAGUGUUUAUUUUUGUCUUCAUAAUCUCUGCCAUCCUUUGGACUCAUCAUUCAGUUACAUAGUCUAGUCACUUGUAGCUGUUCGGUUUCAUAACAAUGGAUGUUAUUGAUAAUGUGAUUAUACUUUACAUCCUGAUGGUUAUUUCAUCACAGCAAAAAACUUUUUUACGUGUACGAGAUUCUGUUGUAAAACUCAUGUUCCCUGAUGAUGAUCACUUGUUUUUAAAGAGUGUGAACUCUGCUGUUCUCUGCUCUUCCGAGUCCACAAUUAUGAAUACAAUUUUACCAAUCCGUG